AUAGACCUGGCUUUCUAAUGAAAAAAAGCUUGCAGCAGAUCGUCUGCUAAUUUGCAUAUUAAGUAUUUAGUCCUUUUUGGCACGGAAUGGGAAGUUAUCUGUUUCCAACAUUACUGAUUAUAAUUGUUUCUUUGAAACAAAGUGAAGGAAGAUGUGGCCAUGGUAGAGUAGAGUAUGGCGGCAAAUGCUAUUGGUUUGUGAAGGAACCAAAAACAUUUUUUGAUGCUUUGAUGGUCGCCUAUCGGGCUAGAUGCCAACUUCUUGAAUUGCAGAACAAAAAAGAACAAUGGUGGUUGGAUUUAUAUUUACGUCUUCAAGGAAUGAAUAGCGUGUGGUUAGGAUUUACAGAUAUCCAAAAAGAAGGUCAUUGGAUAGCCCUCUCUAACAGAACUAAGAUGACCUAUUCCAGCUGGAAAAGAGGCGAGCCGAACAAUGCUGGUGGAAAGGAGCACUGUGCAGUAUAUACAACGGAUGCUUUAGGCUGGAUUGAUUAUAACUGUACAGGAAAAUUACAGUUUGUGUGCAAAUAUUAAUAUCCACUGAAACUAUAUUAAUAGUCGAAUAAAUUAUUAAAAUGUU